AUGAGUCAGGUGCCCCAGGGCAGUGGAGCCACACCCUGCCUGGCGGUUUGCGGGCAUCUGCUGUUUGCUCACCACGUUGCUAACAGUGAAGGACCCACGUGGUGGAUUUCAGGGGCAUGGGCCUGGGCUUUGAUGAGCUGGGCCAGGAGAGCUGGUGCCCGUUGCUGUGGCAUGGAGACCCCCCUGGAGAAAGCCCUGGCCACCCUGGUCCUCACCUUCCACAAGUACUCGGGGAAAGAGGGUGACAAGUUCACCUUGAGCCGGGGGGAGCUGAAGGCACUGGUGAAGAACGAGCUGGGGCUGGGCCAGAAAAUGAAGGAGCGCAACAUUGACGAGCUGAUGAAGACCCUGGACAAGAACAGCGAUGACGAGAUCGACUUCAAGGAGUACUCGGCUUUCUUGUCCGCCCUGUGCAUGGCUUACAACGACUUCUUCCAGCAGGAUGGCAAGUAGCAGAGCCCCCCACGCCCAGGUCCCUUGGCCUGGGCUGCAGCGCAGCUGCCUUCAAUAAAGAGCUU